AAAAAUCACAUAUCCUCUCUAAAAAGGCCCUUUAUUAGAGAGCCAACCAAUCGAAAACCGUUAACCCAUUACUCAUUUUUCAUCGUUACAAACAUAAUCAUCAUUAAAUGAAUCUAUCAAUCGUUAUGAACGACCUGUCGAAGGUCGAUUAAAAUAUAAUUCACCAAGCACUGGCUGGGGAAAAGUAGAGAAAAAGAUAAGAGAUGACCACUCCUCUACACCAUUUUGAUUUUUUCAGACUUCCUCGUUUUCCGACAGCUAUCCCUACCUCAGCUACUGGGGGUGGUUUUACCCAUUUCCAUUCUGUUUUCUUUUCUUCGAGCGCUCGUACGAGAUUUUCCUCUUCAUGGAGUUGUUCUGCGCGGAAAAACAAGAGGAUAGGUGUAUCAGUUAAAGCUACUACUCUUGCUGCAUGGCGUAUUGGAUGUGAGAGUAUACAAGGCGUGGAGAAUUCCGGGGAUGGAGAAAACAAUGCGAUUCAAAUGUAUGGUUCUGACGAAGAAGGCUCGUCAAAGAUUCCAACUCAAAUUGGAACUAUUGUUAGAGGGUCUGAGUCUGGGACUGGGUCUAAAGAUGUUCUCGUAUCUGAGUAUAAACCCAUGCCUGAUGUGGACUACCUGCAGGAGUUACUGGCAAUCCAACAACAAGGGCCGAGAGCAAUUGGCUUCUUUGGGACACGAAACAUGGGGUUCAUGCACCAAGAACUCAUUGAGAUUCUCAGCUACGCACUCGUCAUUACUAAAAAUCAUAUCUUCACGUCUGGAGCAUCUGGCACUAAUGCUGCUGUGAUUAGAGGAGCCCUUCGUGCUGAAAAACCUGAGCUGCUUACUGUGAUAUUGCCGCAAAGUUUGAAAAAGCAACCUCCUGAGAGUCAAGAAUUACUUUCUAAGGUACAAAAUGUGAUUGAGAAGCCUCACAAUGAUCAUCUUCCAUUGAUAGAGGCUAGCAGGCUCUGUAACAUGGACAUCAUCUCUGAAGUACAACAGGUUAUCUGUUUCGCCUUUCACGACAGUCGAUUGCUCAUGGAAACAUGUCAAGAAGCCAAGAACAUGCGCAAGAUAGUCACUCUGUUUUAUCUGGAUUGAUAAGGCCCCCUUAUGGCUCUUAUUCGUUUUUCGGAAAACAAUAUAUGAGUAUCAUGAAAAAUGGGAACUGUUGCUUGUAAAUUUUUAGAAUGCACAGAUUCAUUGGCUUUUUUGUUGUGGCAGUUUAUGAUCCAAGCCUACACGUGGCUUUUUGAAGUAUCUUUUGGCUACAAAGUGACGUUUGUUGGCUGAACUGUAACAUUUUCGAAUAUUCUUAAGUAUCAUGCAAUUACAAUGUGUAUCAUGUUUCUUACGAGCUACUUAAGUAUCAUCCUGUUUACAUGUUCAGCUGGACGAGCUGUUCU